CUAUCUUAAAAAAAAAAUACUCGCAAUCAGCAGCAGCUCGCCUCGGCGGUGUGCGGUGAUGUCGAACGCGGGGCUGCGCGCGUACCGCGAGGUGCUGCGCCUGGUGCGGCGGCUGCCGGCGGAGACGCGGCUCUACUACGCCAAGUACGCCCGCGAGAACUUCGUCAACUACCGCGACCUCUCCGCCGACGACGACCUCGCGGCCCUCCUCCGCCGCGCCUACACGCACGCGUCAUGGGUCCUCUCCAAGUACUCGAUCGACGCGGAGAAGGCGGCGGCGCGGCUCAAGGCUCUCGGCGACGGCCACGCGGGGCGGUGACGCGCGCAAGGUGUUCGACCCUAUGCCCGCUCCACGCCUGAGGCUUCAGUUUAGCUUUGACUUAUGUGCUUGGUUUGGCAGGCGCUUGCAUUGCAUUACUCCGUCUUGAAUAAAUUUGCUCAAGGUUUUGUUUGCUUUGAUCCCCGACUCCAAGUUCUAUGGCCAGGAUGCACACGCAGUUGUCUGUCUGCCGCCCUUUUUUCAAUUCAUUUCAACACCAUCUUUAUUUCCUUGGUGGUAUCCGGCUACAUGAACGACUUGUGGUUGAUCUUGGACAUGUUUAUCUGGUGCAUGAGUUCUGGAUUGCGAUAUUCGGGAUCAAAGAUGAGUAUGUUAACAUGUUUUUGAUGAAUGAGAAACAGUAUUAGCCCUAGUA